AGUCCACGAAUUUGGAUGGCCAUUGGCAUAUUCGAACAAAGCUUUGGUUUUUCCCCCAUCGUGAGAAGACAUUGCAAAUUUGCAAGUAAACCUGUUGGCAGUUACAUCAAAUUUUCACACACUGAUCCCCCAAAAGCACCGCUACAUCAUAUUCUCUCUCUCACCCUGUUCUUCUUUCAAGUUUCAAUGGAUCGAACCCAAAUCCUUCUCGUUGGAUUACCAAUCUUCCUCUUCUUCUCAGACAUUCUCAACCUCUUCUCUCCUCAACCCUCUCCCAAACCAACCCAUCAUCAUCUCCCUCCCAUCCACCCCAAACCGCACCCUCAACCGCACCUUCAACAACCCCUCGAGUUCCCCACGCAGAAACAAAGUGGUAUUGGCCUUAUUGGAAUUGGCAACACCGUGAGCAUUGACUUCUGCACUUCCUGCUCUUACAAGGGAAAUGCAGUAACAGUUAAAAACAUGCUGGAAUCUGAAUUUCCUGGGAUUAAUGUUGUUUUGGCUAACUAUCCACCUCCUCUUCCAAAGCGGAUUCUUGGCAAAGUAGUUCCAGUGGUGCAAACAGGAAUUAUUGUAGCUAUAGUUGCUGGUGACCAAAUAUUCCCUAGAUUGGGAAUUACACCACCACCAUGGUACUAUUCCUUGCGUGCCAAUAAGUUUAGAAGUAUUGCAAGCACCUGGCUUCUUACAAAUUUUCUUCAAUCCUUCCUACAAAGCUCUGGUGCUUUUGAAGUAUAUUGCAAUGGCGACUUGGUUUUCUCCAAACUGAAAGAGAACAGAUUUCCUGGUGAAAUUGAGUUGAGGGAACUUGUUGGGAGAAGAUUAGCUAAUACAAGAUUUGUCAGUGGUAUUGAAGGUGGUGUUGGGCUCUAGUUAGACCCUGAGAAGAUACAUCACACAAAUUGAAGCCUGCAAAAUGGAUGUUAAAGAAUUAAAUUUUUAGUUAGUGUUUGUGUAAUUUGUUUUGUACACUGUUAGGUGAGCAAGCAUUUUUCUCCGGUUCUCACUAUUGAAUCCCCUUUCUUUUUCUAAUUACUAGCAUAAUACCCGUGCCUUCAUACCGGUGACUCGGCUACUUUUGCACGUUUUAUAGACAACUGAAUAAUGUAAUAUACAUUCAAUUUAUUAUAAGGUGGUUGUUGUUAAAGGAAUCA